AUAUAAGCGGCCGGUGGGCGGCGCUUGGUCGCCUCACCGUUGUAGCUUUGGGCGAGCACUGCAGUGAAGAAGAAGGCGAAGAGCCAGUCACCGGGAAACAAGCACAAACGGGAGCGAAUAUCCAGCAAAAAAGACUCAAGUAACCGCGGAGAAGGUAUGGCGGCUAUUCGAAAGAAGCUGGUGAUUGUCGGUGACGGCGCUUGCGGGAAAACGUGCCUCCUCAUCGUUUUCAGCAAAGACCAGUUUCCGGAGGUCUACGUGCCAACGGUGUUUGAGAACUACAUCGCUGAUAUCGAAGUGGAUGGCAAACAGGUGGAGUUGGCGUUGUGGGAUACGGCCGGCCAAGAGGACUACGACAGGUUGAGGCCUCUGUCCUACCCCGACACUGACGUCAUCCUAAUGUGCUUUUCCAUCGAUAGCCCUGACAGCUUAGAAAACAUUCCUGAGAAGUGGACGCCCGAGGUGAAGCACUUCUGUCCCAAUGUUCCCAUCAUUCUGGUGGGGAACAAGAAGGACUUGAGGAACGACGAGCACACACGGAGAGAGCUGGCCAAAAUGAAACAGGAGCCGGUCAAGCCGGAGGAAGGCCGCGAGAUGGCCAACAGAAUCAACGCCUUCGGUUACCUGGAGUGCUCCGCCAAGACCAAGGAUGGCGUGCGGGAGGUAUUCGAGAUGGCCACCAGAGCGGCACUGCAGGUCCGCAAGCGCAAAAAGAGAAGCGGCUGCACGUUGUUGUGAGCUGUCCGUCCGUCCAAGACGACGUUGUGGAAAUCAAGAAACGGGAGGAACGAGAGCGGGAAAACUAUGUAAAGGACUCACCUUUUCCCCCCAAUGACAUCUUUGUACUGUAUCCUGCAUUUCAUAGUAGGAGUCAGGCGGGCGAAUCAUACGCAAAAACAUACAGGAAAUGAACUUUGUCUAUAUUAGAAAUUGUUUGAAAAAAAAAACACUUUAAUUUGCUUUCCUUUGUCUUUAAAACAAAGCAUGUUUUCUUUUAUAUUUUGUAACCCGGCAGCGAGUCGAAAACGCACGUUAGAAUGCCAGAUUGUCCAGCAAGGGCGGGCAGCGUCCUUCCUUCCUCGCUCAUAGCCCGUCACUCUUGAGAAAGGCGCCGUCCAAAGCAUUUUCUCUGCUACAGCAACGUGUGCGUUAACAGCUAGUGCCUUUUUGUAUGUUUUUGUACAUCCCCGGUUACGUCUCAUUACGUUUCGAAUUAUGCGCACGUCAAGACAAAAUUGCCGCGAUGCUUCUGUAGUGUGACAAGCGCGCAACACAGCAGCGCUCGCCGCGUGACUCGAUGUGCUUACUAGUUCGCAAAAACAAUUCCCACAGUGGAUAGCGGUUUAAAAAAAAAAAUCACGAGCCAGAAUGUAUGACUGACAGACGCAGCAAAAACUUCCCUGAAGGCAAUGCCAGGUAUGAUAGAUUCUGCUAACUGGCAUCCCCACCUGCCGCUGGAAUCUGCACUCGACUGGUUAGCCUGGAACUCCAGUUUUGUCGGCGUCGUCGGGAUACGAGAGUUUCCAGCGGGUCGUCAUUCUUUGCGCAUUGGGCGAGAGUAGACUGAGUGACAGCGAGCAGUUUGGUUUUCCCCCUCAUGGUGCCUUCUGGGUUCCGGUGCGCCAUUGAUGUUCUCUUCCAGACCUGAUAGACCAGAUGAGCUCGAGUUUCCAUCCACGCAGCUCAAAUGCAAACAUUUCACCUGCAGUGUCCACCGCCCAAAAGAAGUAGAUUUUUUUUUUUUUUUUGGCUUUGGGGUGAAUUUUCGGGAUAAAUCGUCAGUAUUUGUCUGCCAUGUUGAGGUCUGGAGAAUAACUGAAGAGACUAUACCUAUGCUCUAUACCUGUAAUCGACUAAUAUCGGCAUCAGUAUGUUGUGCAUUUUCCAAUCUGCUGAAUGUGCUGUUAUGAUGCCCAAGAAGUUGACUGUUGAGGGGAAACUUUGAAAGCACUACAACAAUCCCUACGCAAUUCAAGGUUAUCUCUCCACCCGUAGGCGAAGAUAAGGCGGAAUAAAGUACAGAACCGUCAGCUUGCCUUACAUUUGCAGAAACAAAGUUCUGCAACAAAAAAAAAAGUAGUGAAACAUUGAACAGUUCGACACAGGCGUUUAAAAGUUGAGUUUGAGUGCAUUUUAGGUUUAUUUUGAAAUGUCACCGCAAAGCUAAAUAUCGCUUUUUGUGUGUGGUUUUAUGUCCUGGACUUUUUUUUUUUUUUCCUGGUUUUCAUGUCUUCAUCCUUGAGCAGUGGAACUGCCAAAACGGCGAUAAAACGCUUCCUCAACUGUACUGGCAGCGCGUCACGUUUUAACACUUAUUCUUAACUCGCACACCACUGUACUAUUAAUACAUUGAAAACUAAAUCUCUGCAAACACUCAAAUUCAAUGACAGAUGGUAAAGCAGGGAAUAGAAACCUACCAAAAUAAAAGCCUUGCAUUAAAUCCUGCACAAAAGUCAUCCAUAUGAGCCCUGGUGACAAAUUUGGUCAAUACUUUCUGGUUCCCUGAAUGCGUCGUCACUCGUCUGAAAGAUGCUUUUGAGGCCCGGGCAAAGCCUUCCUCAGGCCGCAGCUCCCCCGACCCCACUUAACCCUUUUGCUGAUUGAUAUACUUUAAUACACGUUUGCAUGGAGGCUGAUUGUUCCGUUUUUGUCACAAUAAGCGAGUGGAUGUACAACAAAAACGCAUCGUUGGCUGCAGCCGCUACGCAAUCGUGCACAAGAAGCACACAGACGCUACAAUAAAGAUACGAAAAGAAACCGUCGGAGACUGUUCUUAAUCACUGAGCAUGAAUUUUGUCGCUCUGAAAAUGUAUUUAUGGGAUAACGGCGGUCAUGUAGCCGGAAGAGUGGCAUUCCCUGAGUGCGUUGUGCACGCGCAAACUUCUGCUCAGUGUCACGUCACACUUCUCUUCCUUCAGAGAGUAUUUGAAACGACAGUACAGGAUGCAGGUUUAGACAGGCGCUUGCUGGCGUACACAGCUCUGUUAACAGCAAAUAUUUCCUCCCAGGUGAACGUUGUUAAUAAACUAUUUUUGUGACAAGACCAAA